AUGUUCCCGUUUGACCAGUCGGCCCUACCGAGCCUCCCAAAGCGAAAGGCUCUCUUGGUGAUUGAUUUCCAAAGCGAUUUUCUCGAUGCUGAGGCCCCGCUGCGUGUCACGAGGCCCCAUGGGUUCGUCGAAAAGACUGUACAGUUUGCCGACGCGUUUCGCCAGCUGGGCGACGUCAUUUGGGUAUGCUCCGAGUUUGACAAGGUGCGGCCCAUAGCCGGCGAGCAGAUACUGGCGACCGACGAGACCCCGAAGCCGAGCGCUGUCACUGCUGCCGGAGCUGCCUCCGGUCGGCGGCGAGGCCCCAAAGUGGAACUCAUCCCAGCUCCCGUCGCUGAUACCGACCCCGAAGCCUUUCUCAGUGCCGGCGGCAUUCCAUGCGUUCGCUCGCCCUCCGGCUCACAAAUCCCUGGCAACGUCAAGGACGCAUCGCUGAAGCGCGACGUCACUUUCAUCAAAUCGCAUUACUCGGCCUUCAAGUCGGGCCAGCUCAUUCAUCUGCUACGGGGCAAGUUCAUCACGCACAUUUUCAUAGCUGGUUCCCUGAUGAACAUUGGUGUCUUUGCCACGGCCCUUGACGCCGCCAUGUACGGUUACGACAUAACCAUCGUCGAGGACUGCUGCGGCUAUCGCUCGCAAGUGAGGCAAGGGAACGCCAUCCAGUCAGUCAUUGAUGUUACUGGAUGCGAAGUCGACAGCAGCAGCACAGUCCUUGAACAGCUUCGGGCGGAGCCUCCGUCCGCAAAACCCGCUGUCGCAUCACCAGCCACGUCUUCCUCAUCUGGGACGACAGCCAACAAGAAGGUUGGUGGCCUAGCCGGCGCCAGGACCCCGCCCAUUCCAGGUCGUGUGCGUGGCAAGGCGUCGACGUCUGACCUACAUGAGAAGCUGGCUGCUCUCAAAAUUGGCAGUACCCCCGGCGGUCGCAUUGAACCCGACUCUGAUCCUAAUAGCCUGGCGCUGGAGGUCGAUCCCGAUGCCCAGCCGUCCUUACACGACCUCAACAGCCCGAGGCGCAAACCAUCGUCAGCUGAUGACCGCGACCCAAUCCUAGAGCUGGAGGCGAUCAGAAACAAGUACAGAACUUCCAAAGAUACACGGACGGACACAUCACAAGCCAGAAAGCUCAAGCAGCCCAGACUGGCAGACAUGGCAGCUCAAAACAAGCCCGGGCCUGUCGUCCCGGCACGCGUAGGCAAGGAUCUCGAGCCGAAGAUCAUCGAACCAGAAGUCACGGUGCCCGCCACCGCCCCCUCGGACUCGGUCUCGAAGGAUGACCAUGAUCCUGCCACUGCAGAGACUUCACCAGAGACCUCUGAGCCGCUCUGCGAGGGUGAUACUGUCAUCAUACACAAUGUCCUACCGCCCAACUUGCUCGAAGGCAUGGUAGCCUGCCCUUUCUACCGCGACGGAAACGACUACAUUUCCGAGCACAGCGACAAGACGCUCGAUAUUGUCAAGGGUUCUUACAUUGUUAAUGUCAGUCUAGGCGCCGAGAGAACCAUGAUUUUCAGAACCAAGCGGGACGCGAAAGAUCCCUCCAAGAAAACGGAUGACAUCCCCGAGGGUGCGAAGCGCAACACAUCGCGCAAGCAGCUGCCGCACAACUCCCUCUGCCGCAUGGGCCUUGUGACAAACAUGCGGUGGCUCCACGCCAUCCGCCAAGACAAGCGUGCCGAACGAGACAAGACAGCACCUGAGCUUGCCUUUGCCGGCGGCCGCAUCUCUUUGACCUUCCGCCAGAUCGGGACCUUCCUGGACCGCGAUGGCACCCUGAUCUGGGGCCAAGGCGCCACGGGCAAGACGCGCGCUGAUGCCCACCCUGUCGUCAACGGGCAAGGACCCGAGGCCGUGGCCAUGCUGCGUGCCUUUGGAACCGAGAACCACGCGAGCGAGUUUGACUGGGAUGCGCACUACGGGCAGGGCUUUGACGUGCUGCAUAUGAGCAGCGCGCCACGCUUGUUCUUUCCGCCGAUGCCGUUGUCAAAUAUGCGCGUACAGCUCGCACUGGCCGAGUACGGCAUUCUCUUCGCCAAGGGCCGCAUGCCGCCAUCCUUUGACUGGAAGGAGGGGAAGGCUGAGGCUGCUGCUCCCGCCGUCAUCUCGUCGGCUCUCGAGAGUCUGUCCAUCAAGUACGUGGAUAAUGAUGCCGACCGGUCGACGGUGCAGGGAGACAUGGCCAUUCUGCUCUACCUCGACAGCCUCCACGGGAAGCGCAGUGAGCCCAGCAAGGGCCAGGCUCGUAUCUUGACACGCUUCCAGCAGGGCCUCGCCCUCCUUGAUAAGUGGCGCGCUAUCAGAUCGCAGGAAACAGAUGACGUGACUGUGAAGCAACCAGCCAAGCCGCUGAAACGGGAACUCAUAGUCUGGAACGAUUAUGCCGCCGAGAAUGAGAGCAUCGCAGGCGAGGUCGUGUCCAUUGCCGACUUUGUCGUCUGGCCGGUCCUGCACGAUAUUGUGCAGACGCUCGGCGAGGGGGUCCUCAACGGUACGAAGUCCUUGAAGAAGUAUUAUCAGGCGUUUUCAGAGAGGGAGGCUACGAUGAAAGUAUUGGCUGUUGACCCGCCGGUAGCGGCGGUGACAGCGACACAGCCAGAGCCAGAGGAUCAACCUGCAGCAGAGGCAAAGGCAGAAGGAGGGGCAAAACCUGCAGCAGAGGCAAAGGCAGAAGGAGGGGCAAAAUCAGCAGCAGAGGAAGAUGCAGGGGUAAAAGUAGAGGGAUAGGUAAAGGCAGAGGGAAGGGAAAAGCAGAGGGAAGGAAAAGGCAGAGGGAAGGAAAAAGCAGAGGGAAGGAAAAAGCAGAGGGAAGGAAAAAACAGGGGAAAGGCAAAAGCAGGGGGAAGGCAAAAGCAGAGGGAAGGAAAAAGCAGAGGGAAACUCAGAGGCAGGGGCAAAAGGAGAAGACCGCGAAGGAAAGACUUUCACGGAUGGUGGUGCGAAAAAGACGGAUGAUGCCUCGAAGGCGCAAUAGUUGACAAUAUAGCCCGUCAUCUGGAGGUUCAAAUUGAAUUCAAGGAUCGAAUC